CAGGUUCUGCACCAACUGAAGAGGCUGGGCAAAAUCUGGCAGGAUGUCCUCCCGGUGAAUAUCUACUGCCGGGCCAUGGGGACCCUGCUGAACACCGCCCUGGUGGAAAUCAUUAGCCGGGUCCUUGCUCUGGAGGACAUCUCCGCCGAGAACGCCGACCGGCUGCAUGCCCUGUGCCAGACCGUGGUGGACGAGGGGCCCCGGGUCUUCGUGCCCCUGCCGGAGGAGAAGGAGAACCGGCCCUUCCAGGAGGAGGUGCCAGUCUACGUGCCCAAGUGGAUGAUGUUCCAGGAGCUCAUGUUGCUCCUGCAGGCCAGUCUGCAAGAGAUCGUGGACAGGUGGGCGGGCAGCAAAGGGCCCCUGGCUGCCGAGUUCUCCCCCAGCGAAGUGAAGAACCUCAUCCGGGCCUUGUUCCAGAACACGGAGCGGAGGGCGGCUGCCUUGGCCAGCAUCAAGUAGCGUUUGCACCUGGGGAAGAGCGUCCUGGCUGCGCUCCCUGCAGCUGAGGCUGCCCCCUCCCCAGUCUCCCCUUUGUGGAGUUCUGGCUGGGCCUGAGGUCUUAUUUUGAAGCCCAUCGAGUUCCACAAAUGGCCCCCAUCUGUGGACUUCAGAAAACGACUUUCCCAGCAGAACCUGUGAUCAGCCGACUGGGCCACCUUCCCAAAGAAGAUCCCAGAUCUUGGACAUGGCCCUGCUUUCUCCGUUCGGCCGAGCCCACAUGGCUUGCGGGAGCUCUGGGCAGCUCAAGCGCCGGAUGAGAAGAAAGGGCCUCUAUGCAGCUUCUUUCCAAGGGAGCCCUCCUUACACGCACCUUAUCGCUUAUCUUUUGCAAGGGGGGCUGCUAAAGCACACCGGACUUGAAGGGGGGAGGGGGGGAGGGAGGGAAACCAACCUUCCAGCCGAAGCCUUUCAAGGCUCUUAAAGUGCCAAAGCGGCCUUCAUUUUACCGGCUCUUACUCUUCCUUUACUCUGCGGUGGUGGGGAAGGGAGUGAGAUUGUGGAUUUAAAAGAAGGGAAAAUGGGAUGGGGUUGGUUCAAGGGUGGAAUCCAGCCGGUUCUGACAGGUUUUGGAGAACCGGGAGCGGAAAUUUUGAGUAGUU